UUUGAUGGAGAAAGGGAUGCGCUACCAAUUAUGACUAGUAGUCGUAGAAAAUAAGUUUAAUUAGUUCACUUGUUGAAAAGCACCUGUUCUGUGAAAACCGACUCGAGCACUCGUUUAGUAGAUAGACAGCUUUCGGUGUGAUUGAUUGUUUACGAAGAAUGUGCUUCUGACAGUGCACCGUUUUAGUUUUGUUUAUUUAUAGUUUUUUUUGCUUCCGUGUUUUUAUCUUCCAUGUUUUCCAGUCUUUAUUGUGGUGGUGUCUUGCAUGAAACGGCCUAUGUCGGACGGGCCGAUAAUCACGACGCAUAUUUUAGCUCGGACAUGACGAUGACCAACUCGCAGGUGUGGUUCCGCGGUGUGCGCAGCUCCAAAUUCCGCCACGUCUACGGAGAACCCGCCAAAAGAGAAAAAUGCUACGACAACAUCAACAUCACCAAGAACGCCCACGACUCCCAGUUCUGCGCCGUCAACCCCAAGUUCGUCGCCUUGGUGACGGAGGUGGCCGGCGGUGGGGCGUUCAUAGUCAUACCCAUCGAAAGCACCGGGAGACUGGAUUUUAACGCCAGUAGGGUGACGGGGCACACGGGACCGGUGUUGGACAUCAAAUGGAACCCCUUCAAUGAUAACAUAAUCGCGUCGUGCUCAGACGACUGCACGAUCAAGUUGUGGCACAUUCCGGACGGGGGGUUGUCGAUGCACUUGACGGACUGGCUGGUGGAGCUGCAAGGACACAAGAGACGAGUGGCAUACAUCGAGUGGCACCCGAGCGCCGAAAAUAUACUCUUCAGCGCCGGGUUCGACCACCUGGUGAUCAUCUGGGACAUCGAAAAGGGUGAAACCGCCAACGUGAUCGACUGCCACCCGGACGUGAUCUACUCGAUGUCCUUGAACCGUGACGGGAGUCUCUUGGCGACGACGUGCAAAGACAAGAAACUGCGAGUAAUCGAACCCAGGAGUGGCAUUGUCAAAAGUGAGGGGGUUUGUCACUCGGGCUCCAAAGCCAGUAAGGCCACCUUCUUGGGGGCUAGCGGUCGCCUCCUUACCACGGGGUUUUCGCGCCACUCCGACCGCCAGUACUCCAUCUGGGACCAGAACGACCUAAGCAAGCCCCUCAGCACCGACACGAUUGACAGUUCUUCGGGGGUGGUCUUCCCGUUCUACGACAGCGACACCAAUAUUGUGUUCCUCGCGGGCAAGGGCGACGGGAACAUCAGGUACUACGAGAUCACCGCCGAGCCCCCGUAUAUCCAUUUCCUGAGUCAGUUCCUCUCGGGGAACCCCCAGCGCGGGCUGGGUUUCAUGCCAAAGCGUGGUCUCAACAUCCACACCUGCGAGAUUUUCCGCUUCUAUAAGUUGCACGCGAUCAAGGGGCUGUGUGAGCCGAUCGGGAUGAUCGUGCCGAGGAAGAGCGACCAGUUUCAUGAGGAUUUGUACCCGGAUACGGCGGCACCGAAGCCGGCCCUGUCGGCGCAGGAGUGGAUCAAGGGACUGAAUGCCAAUCCGGUGUUGAUGUCGAUGAAGACGGGGGUUAGUGUGACGACGUACAAGCCUAGGGUUUAUAAACCGAGUGCACCUGCUGUGGCUUCACAGAAUAAUAAGAUGAAGUUCGCGUUUUUGUCGACGGAGACGAUUCCGGAUUAUAGGCCCAAGGAUUUGAUCGAAGAGAAGAAUAAGAAGACGACGACUAAUCAGACAACGAAGUUUCAGCAGCUGCAGCAGAGGUUCGGACAUGUGGAGGUGGUGAAUAGUGAUAUUCCGCUGAUGAAGGAGAUUAAUAGUAUUGGGGAUAAUAUCAGCACGGAGCAUGACUUGAAACAGGCGUACAAACAACAAUCCGAAGAACUGCGAAAAGUGAAGAAGCAACUCGCCCACAGCGAACGAAGAGUAAAGGAGCUGGAAGAACUGAUAAAGAUACUGCAAAACAAGUAAUUUCCCCUAGUAUACUUUCGUUAGGUGUAAUUAUGUUAAAUCGUUACCAUUUAAGCUAAUUUUAUACAUUUACGUUAGUUUUGUGAUAAUGUUAUUGUCUCGUUUUAUUUUUGAACGUAUCAUGAAACGACAAGUUGUAAAACUUGUCCCGAUGAAUCAAAAAGCUCAAUCGCUACCUACACUGUUGAAUGCUUUUUCAUUCACGUUUCUUGUUAAAAGUUGCUACAGUUUAUUUAAAUACUAUUUUUGCAGCCAAAUCAGUAUUUUAAUAGUGUCUGUGUAGCUUUUGUAUUUAGAUUAACAUACGCACAACAGUAUUACUUAAGUCACAAUAGCUUUAUUGUAAACUACAGUCAGACUUUACAUAUUAUAACAGUUCAAACAAACAGAGCGUUGCUUACAGAAGUUCAUUCAACAGGUUAGCUUAAGAAGGUUCAACAACCUUGAAGCUUUUGUACCUUUACAGUUGCUUUUUACGUUGUAUUGAAUAAAAUUGUCAACUGAG